CAGACUGUGCGGGACGGUGCCAGACCAUCGUAUUCCUCUUAUCCCGAGGAACCUCAGACUGUGCGGGACGGUGCCAUCCUUCCAUCAGAUAGUAGGUUUCCCUGUCUUGAGUGUGGGAAGUGUUUCCGUUAUAAGUCCAGACUUAAUAGGCAUAAAAGAUCUCACACGGGGGAAAAGCCGUAUUCCUGUCCUGAAUGUGGAAAAUGUUUUUCACAAAAGUUCGAUCUUCAAAUCCAUAAGCGAUCCCAUGCAGAUGAGAAGCCGUAUUCCUGUACUGAGUGCGGGAAAUGUUUCUAUUCUAAAUCCAAACUUAAUGCGCAUAAAAGAUCUCACACAGGAGAGAAGCCACAUUCCUGCUCUGAGUGUGGGAAAUGUUUUUCAGGCAGGUCCAAUCUUUACAGACAUCAAAGGUCUCACACGGGGGAAAAAUCAUAUUCCUGUUCUGCGUGCGGGAAAUAUUUUGCACAAAAAUCAGAACUUUUCACACAUGAAAGGUCUCACAGAGGUGAGAAGCCUUACUCCUGUUCUGAGUGCGGGAAAUGUUUUUCUGCCAAAUCCAAUCUUUACACACAUCAGAGAUUGCACACUGGUGAAAAGCCGUAUUCCUGUGCUGAGUGCGGGAAAUGUUUUUCACAGAAGUCCAGUCUUUCCACACAUGAGAGAUUGCACACAGGAGAGAAGCCUUAUUUAUGUGCGGAGUGCGGGGAAUGUUUUUCUGCCAGAUCAAUUCUUUACAGACAUCAGAGAUCUCACACAGGUGUGAAAUAAGCCGUAUUUCUGCCUUGAGUGCGGGAUAUGUUUAUCAGAUAAGUUCUCUCUUCCCACACAUUAGAAAUUGCACACAGGGAAGAAGCCGUAUUCCUGCCCUGGGUGCGGGAAAUGUUUUUCACAGAAGUAUAUUCUUAACAGACAUCAGAGAUCUCACACGGGGGAGAAACUAUAUUCUUGCUCUGAGUGUGGAAAAAGUUUUGCCGAUAAGUCCUCUCAUAAAAUACAUCCAAGAUUGCACACGAGGGAGAAGCCACUUUCCUGUCCUGUGUGAGGGAAAUGUUCCUCACUGAAGUCCUGUCUUCCUGUACAUCAGGGGUC